UUUGCGGAAAUAAAUCGUAAGCGUGCCAUUUCCGAACAACAGGAGGUGGUGUCAAAACACUUUUAUAGCGCAUUUUAACAUUUUAAGGCAGCAAACGAUAUUGUUUAUUGUUUUGUAUUACGCCUGGUAAUAACUUACGUACCAGUAAUGUCCAAAUCGACAGCGAAGCACCCGAAAGAAAACGACUCAAAACAAUUGCCAAUCUACAAGCAUAAAGCUAAACUGGUACAAGCAGUGAAAGAAAGCACUUUUUUAGUGGUCACCGGUGAGACUGGCAGCGGAAAAACGACGCAGCUUCCACAGUAUUUGUACCAAGCAGGUUUUUGUAAAAAUGGCAACAUUUGCAUCACCCAGCCACGCCGGGUGGCUGCCAUCACUGUGGCACAGAGGGUUGCCCAUGAGAUGCAGUGCACUUUGGGAAGAGAGGUGGGCUACCAAGUGCGCUUUGACGACUGCACGACGCAGGACACCGUGUUGAAAUACAUGACUGAUGGCUGUUUGCUCAGAGAGGUCCUGGCAGACCCUGGACUGUCUCACUACAGUGUUGUGGUUUUGGAUGAGGUCCACGAACGAAGCCUCAACACCGACAUCCUCCUGGGUUUACUGAAGAAAGUCUUUUCUAAUCCAAAUGAAGCUAUGAAGGGCAGAGCUUUCCCAGUAAAGGUGGUGGUGAUGUCCGCCACCAUGGAAACAGACAAACUUUCAGCUUUUCUUGGUGACUGCCCUGUAUUUACUAUCCCUGGAAGGACUUUUCCUGUCACCUGCACGUUGGGCACUGCUGUGGGACCUAAAGACCUUCAAAGCACGGGCUAUGUGAAAGAGGUUGUGUCUGUGGCCCUGGAUGUUCACACCAGUGAGAAGGCUGGCGACAUUCUUGUGUUUUUAACAGGUCAAGUGGAGAUCGAACGGGCCUGUGACUUGCUGUUUGAGAAAGCAGAGUCUAUAGACUAUCGCUAUGAUGUACAGGACAAAACAGUGGAUGGGCUUCUUAUUUUACCCCUUUAUGGUUCCAUGCCAACUGAACAACAGCGGCAGAUCUUUCAGCCUCCUCCUCCGGGAAUAAGGAAAUGUGUGGUGGCCACCAACAUUGCUGCCACAUCUCUCACCAUCAAUGGCAUAAAGUACAUCAUAGACAGCGGCUUUGUGAAACAACUGAACCACAACUCCAGGGUGGGCAUGGACGUUUUGGAAGUGGUGCCAAUUUCAAAGAGUGAAGCUCAGCAGAGAGCGGGCCGAGCUGGAAGAACCUCAGCCGGCAAGUGUUUUCGCAUCUACACCAAGGAAUUCUGGGAGGAAUGCAUGCCAGAAUAUACCAUUCCUGAGAUCCAGAGGACGAGUCUGACUGCGGUGGUCCUCACUCUCAAGUGCCUGGGUGUUCAUGAUGUCAUUCGGUUCCCCUAUCUGGACCCGCCAGAAGAGAGGUUUAUCCUGGAAGCGUUGAAACAGCUCUACCAGUUUGAUGCUAUCGACAGGUUUGUUUGUGCACUCUUUGCCUUUUUUUUUGGUAUGCUUAGCGCAACCAAGUUGGUUCUCACAAGAGACUUGUUGUCUGCCAGGAGAGGUCGAGUGACUCUCCUGGGCGAACUGAUGGUGGAGUUCCCCCUGCAGCCGGGCCUCACCAGAGCCCUGCUCAAAGCCGCCUCACACGGCUGCCAGGACGUUCUGCUUCCCGUGGCUGCAAUGUUGUCCGUAGAGAAUAUCUUCAUCCGGCCUGGCCAUCCUGAGAAGCAGAAAGAGGCUGAUAAGUGUCACAGAGAACUGGCGGCUAGUAGCGGCGGUGUAAACGACUUUGGUACACUUCUUAGUGUGUUUCAACAGUGUAAAUCCAGCGAAAGACCUUCAAUGUGGUGCAAGGAGAAUUGGGUCCACUGGAGAGCGCUCAAGUCCGCUUUUAGUGUGGAGACUCAGCUUCGUGACAUCCUCCUCCGCUUGCAACAAAGGAGAGAUUUCCCUGUGGAUAAAUUUGAUGGCAAUAAGAAGGAACUCUUUAGACGGUGUCUGUGCAUGGGAUACUUCACCAAUGUUGCCAGAAGAUCUGUUGGCAAAGUAUUUUGCACAAUGGAUGGUCACGGGUCCAUGGUUCACAUUCAUCCAUCAUCAUCGUCGUUUGAGAGGGAGAUGGAGCUGGAUUGGAUUCUAUUCCAUGACGUGUUGGUGACAUCACGAGUGUACGUCAGGACGGUAUGUCCCAUCCGAUACGAGUGGGUGAAGGAUCUGCUGCCUAAAUUGCACGAGGUAGACGUUUAUGAACUAAGCAGCGUGGCCAGAGAAGAAGUCACUGAUGAAGAGGUUACCAGGUGGGAGACGAGGGAGGCCGCCAAAAGGCAAUCAGAGAUUUCGGCUGAGGAUGCCUUGAAGAAAGUGGAGAAGCGAAACGAUGAAAAUAGUGUCAGUGAUGCACGCGUUCGCUAUCUUCAGCGGAAGCUGCAAAGACAACAGAAUAAAGUUAUCUGAGAAUGUGUUUGUCCUAAUAGUGAGGAGAAUCAAUGUACUAGUUCAAAGACAGUACAGCGCAUUAGUAGGAUAGCAAAUGCAAAACUACGUUGCCAUAUGCAUGGAUGUAAUGGACCCGAUUUAGUGUCCAGCAAUUUCUAAUUACAUCCUGACAAUAGAUAUUUUUGAUACAUUUUUUAAUAAAGCAUAUAUCUUCAUACAUUC